AUGGUUGAGACCGCUACAGUUAUUCAUGAUACCUGGCUGGGGUUCUUUGAGGUUGGCACAGCAAUGUUCCUGUUGUACUUGGAACUCGGCCCGGCGUGUUAUGCGCCCGCGAUUGUGUAUGCUUUGCAGAUCCUUGGGACGGGAUGGGUCACCAAGGUCAUUUCCCGAUACCAGAAACGGUGGCUGGAAGCCAUUCAGACUCGUGUCAGCUUUACCUCUGCUUUACUCCAUUCGAUCCAGAAUGUGAAACUUUUAGGACUGUCAACAAUCAUCAGUGAGCGAACACAGCGCUUGCGAACCGACGAGAUAGAGGCAUGCAAAAAAUUUAGAACCAUGAACAAUUUCAUCAUCGUCUUUCAGAAUUCGAGUGGUGUCUUUGCUCCUUUUGCAACAUUUCUGCUCUACUAUCUUCAAGCGAGGGCGUCUAACCGACCUCUGGAUCUUGCAACUUCAUUCAGCAUACUUACAAUAUUGCGCCUUGUCGAAACCCCAAUGAACACCCUAUGUUACUCCACCCCUCAUAUAGCAUCUUCAGUAGCAUGCUUCCAACGGAUACAGCAGUACUUGAUGGCGGAGCAGUGGCGUGAUGCGCGUCUAUCACUGAGUCACACCAAGGGUACAGAUGAAGUUUGGUCAAAGGCAAUGAAUGAAAGGCAGUCCAUUGAACUAAGAGCUUUAGGCAGCGAGCGGCCCCCCCUUACCAAGGAAGCUCUCGUAUUCAAGGACUGUCAUUCAAUGGAGUGA